CAUCUGUGUGUGCAUGUGUUUGUGUGCUCCCUCUUCCUUGAGUCUGCUGGGGAUGUGACAUCUAGGUGGAGCACUGAAGUGGAUUAGCCAAUGAAAAGCAUACUCUUGACAAAUCACUCCCAUAGCAGGCUCCUUUUCUGCCUCCUUCUGUUUUAUCUAGCUGUAUCUUUAAUUAUAUCCUGGACUAUUUUUAAAUGCACGUCCCCGCUCCAGCAUGCACUGCUCCUGUCACCUGUCUUCUUGUCUGCUUUAAUCCCCAUCACAAGAUCUCUCAUGUUCUCCACCAAGGUAGCUCACUUUGUGCAGCUGUCUCUGCUUAGAUAUACCCCUCUCAUCAUGUCUUUCUUUGGAUAUUUUUUGCCUGUCAACCUCAUCUGAAGUAUACACGUGUUCAUCUCCAUAUUUUGCUCUUUUCAGCCAGUUAUGUCAUUCUCUGCAGGAGAAUCGCAUAGUCUGAAUUUGUCAGCAACCACAAUUUAGCUUUUCAUGUUAGCAGUUUGCUGAGACAAUAUUUGCACACGUCAUGAGUGAUUUGGCGGCUGGUUAGCAAAUUAGCAGAUGUACACACAGCAAGCAGUGCCAAGUGAACUGCAGGGUUUGCAGGAAGUGAGGAUGAUGAUGUUAAAAGUCUGAAUAGGAAUCAGAAAAAAAGAGUGCAAUCACAACACAUCUUGGCUAGCUAUUCCUCUGCCCUUUAAUUCUCUGCAUCUUUGAAAGACAAACAAAAAAAACCCUGUAACCUCUGCUAUUCUCCUCUACCCUCCUUUCCACCUUCCCUUUUUUUCCCCUCCUCUCCUUGUUACGCUCCCUCCCCUCCUCUCUGCAUCUUCCAAUGACUCACACGUUCCCCCUCCCCCCGGUGUGUCAUAUGGUUUCACCCCUUCUCCUCCCACCUCCCCGUCUCUCCAUCUCUGCCUCUCUUUCGGCCACAAUCGCUCACUUUCUCCACAAGGCUUCUAACACGCUGCAGGAUGUCCAUAGUGAAUAUUGUUGCCAGGGAGAUCCUGGACUCCAGGGGAAACCCAACUGUGGAAGUGGAUCUGCAUACUGGCAAAGGUCUGUUCAGGGCUGCUGUGCCCAGUGGAGCGUCCACUGGCAUCUAUGAGGCUCUGGAGCUCCGUGAUGGAGACAAAACCCGCUACAAGGGCAAAGGUGUAACCAAAGCUGUAAAUCACAUUAAUGACACCAUUGGACCUGCACUCAUCCAGUCUGGGAUUAAUGUGUUGGAGCAAGGGAAACUGGACAACCUGAUGAUUGAAAUGGACGGCACUGACAACAAAUCUAAGUUUGGGGCCAAUUCUAUUCUUGGAGUAUCACUGGCCAUAUGCAAGGCUGGAGCAGCAGAGAAAGGUGUCCCCUUGUACCGUCACAUUGCUGAUCUGGCAGGAAACAGCGAGUUGGUGCUCCCAGUUCCCGCUUUUAAUGUGAUCAAUGGGGGCUCACAUGCUGGUAACAGGCUGGCCAUGCAGGAGUUCAUGGUACUUCCUGUCGGGGCAGAGUCUUUCCGUGAUGCACUACGUGUAGGGGCAGAGCUCUACCAGACACUGAGAGGUGUCAUCAAGGAGAAAUAUGGUCAGGAUGCUACAAAUGUGGGAGAUGAAGGAGGGUUUGCCCCCAAUAUUCAAGAGAACAGUGAAGCUCUGGAGUUGAUCAAGACAGCCAUAGAGAAAGCUGGCUUCACAGACAAAGUGGUGAUAGGGAUGGAUGUUGCCGCUUCAGAGUUUUUCAUCGAGGGCAAGUACGAUCUGGACUUUAAGUCUCCACCAAAUGCAGCCCGCAACAUCAGUGCUGAUGAGCUGGCGAGCAUCUACCAGGGAUUCAUUAACAACUACCCAGUGGUGUCUAUUGAAGAUCCUUUUGACCAGGAUGACUGGCCUGCUUGGUCACAGUUCACAGCCUCAGUGGGCAUUCAGGUGGUUGGAGAUGAUCUGACGGUCACUAAUCCGCGCAGGAUACAACGAGCAGUGGAGGACAAGGCCUGCAACUGCUUGCUGCUUAAGGUCAACCAAAUUGGCUCAGUAACUGAGGCCAUCAAGGCAUGUAAGCUGGCCCAGGAAAACGGCUGGGGUGUGAUGGUGAGCCACCGCUCAGGAGAAACGGAGGACACUUUUAUAGCUGACCUGGUGGUCGGUCUCUGCACUGGACAGAUCAAGACUGGAGCUCCCUGUCGCUCAGAACGUCUGGCAAAAUACAAUCAGCUCAUGAGGAUUGAGGAAGAGUUGGGUGACCAGGCCCGCUUUGCUGGACAUAACUUUCGCAACCCCAGUGCCCUUUGAGUGCCCUUAGCAGUGGCAAACAAGAAAAAAUACAUACAUACAAAUCAUAUAUAUUUCCCUGACAGAUAUAUAAUUAUGUAAUAACACUUAUUUCAGCAGAGCUUUUAACAAACUAAUCUAUACGUCAGAGAAUUAAGAAUAAUUAGUUUUCACAUAACUGAAAUCACUGAAGUGCAAUAUGUUGACCUGAUGCUUCAGUAGCUGAUAACUGACUAAAUCUGGUUGCAGCAAAUCCUACACCAAGCUUUGAGGCGAAAUAAAAUCAGUGUUUCACCUUCAAGCAGACGAGCACUUUUCCUGAUCCCUUUGACCCUCUCACUGCACAAGUGUGUUUUUGAACUUUAGUGUCCUGUGUUUCCUCUUUUGCCUCUUCCAUUGCGUGUGUGUUACUUUGUCUGCUGUUAAGCUCAAUAAAGAAAUGGACAUAUUAACAUGA